ACUCCGUAGCAAGAAGAAUUGGCCGAGAUCUAUAUAUUUAACUCGAGAUCCCGGUUUGGCAAACAUCACCUUAUAUUUAGGUCGAGAAAAAUAACACAAUUGGUGUAUUUUUGGUGGCUGUUUUGGAACUGAAAAAAAAAAAAAGAUCGGAAGAAAAUAGUUUGAGCAGUGAUGGAAGAACUUACCGCCUUUGUGUCCAAGUCUUUUGAUCAGAAAGUGAAGGAAAAGAAGGAAGUCAUCACGUAUAGGGAGGUUUUGGAAACUGGACCCGUGCGAGGGAGAGAGCCGAACUCGAGUGAGCCAAGCCGGGAAGAGGUGAACGCUAUUGUCCGGGGAGGCGCGCGAUCUCCAAGCAGGGAGAUUGACAUGCUGGGGCCGGAGAGAACCAGGGACUCUUGCAGUCCAAAAAUAAUCGAUGGUAAUACAGAUAUGAAAGAAAGAAAGGAGGAUUCUAAAUCAAUAGAUGAUGAAGCACAGACCAAAAUAAAGCAGAGGAGAAGCCGGACUAACUUUACGCUGGAGCAACUGAACGAGCUGGAAAGACUUUUUGACGAAACUCAUUAUCCAGACGCCUUUAUGAGGGAAGAGCUUAGCCAACGACUAGGCCUGUCUGAAGCAAGGGUACAAGUUUGGUUUCAAAACAGGAGAGCUAAAUGCAGAAAACAAGAGAAUCAGCUUCAUAAAGGAGUCCUUAUCGGAGCAGCCAGUCAGUAUGAAGCCUGCCGAGUAGCGCCGUAUGUCAACGUAGGAGCUUUAAGGAUGCCGUUUCAACAGGAUAGUCAUUGCAACGUGCCGCCCUUCUCCUUUCAGGUCCAGGCCCAGCUUCAGCUGGACAGUGCUGUAGCCCACGCGCACCAUCACCUGCACUCUCACCUGGCGGCGCACGCGCCUUACAUGAUGUUCCCCGCUCCACCAUUUGGGUUGCCCUUGGCCACGCUUGCGGCAGAAUCUGCAACCGCUGCAUCAGUUGUGGCUGCAGCUGCAGCCGCCAAGACCACCAAUAAAAACUCAAGCAUCGCAGAUCUCAGACUCAAGGCCAAAAAACACGCUGCCGCAUUGGGACUGUGACUAGCGCACCAAAGCGCGUUACAGAGACUCAGAAACUGACUUGAAAGUCAGCUACAACGACUAAGGCCGACAAAGUGUUCGAAAAGAAAAACGCUAUUUAUAUAUAUAUUUUUUUGUGAAAAUGAACACGGAGGACUCUUAUAUUUAUACAAAAGGUUAUUGGUUGUCUGACAAGUCAAUACACAACAGGAGCACCAAGAAAAUAAAGAAGAGGUAUAUUAAGCAAAAGUAUACCAACUAUAAGAAAAACGAAUACGCAGCUGGGACUUUCAAACGUUUGUUUGACCAAAUGAACGAUUCUGCGUUACUUUAAUACAUUAUUAGUUGAUGUAAAAAGAGGCUGGCCUCGUUUUAAUUUGAAACGUAUACCAGAUUUUUCCACAAUAAAUUAAAACAUAAAUAAAUAAAUAAAUAAAUAAAUACUUU